GCCUCCGGUGCUCAGGGAAAAAUAGGCACAGUGGCAUUUAUGGCGAUCGGGGCAUUGCCAGGCAACAAGAAGCAUUCUAUUAAGCACGACGUCGAGUCAUUCUUCUGGGUGCUGUUCUGGAUAUGUAUUCACUAUAAAAAGCACGGCAAAUGUUGGUAG